AUGGGUACAACCAGCACCCUCAAAGACUAUGUGGUUCCACAGUCAUGGACCAAGAUAGAACUUCUGCAAGGGCAUCUAUAUUCAUUUUGGAUAGUUAACAAGCACAAACCAUGGAUUGAAACAACAUAUCAUGGUAUAGUUACGGAAAAUGACAACACGGUACUCUUGGAUCCACCUCUAAUAGCCUUGGAUAAAGACGCACCUCUUCGCUUUGCAGAGAGUUUUGAGGUGACAGUCACCAAAGAAGGUGAGAUUUGUGGCUUUAAGAUUCACGGGCAGAAUGUCCCCUUUGAGGCUGUGGUAGUGGAUAAAUCCACAGGUGAGGGAAUAAUACGCUCUAAAGAAAAACUUGACUGUGAACUACAGAAAGACUACACGUUCACCAUACAGGCCUAUGAUUGUGGAAAGGGACCAGACGGAGCUAAUGCAAAAAAAUCCCACAAAGCAACAGUACAUAUCCAGGUGAAUGAUGUUAAUGAGUAUGCUCCAGUGUUUAAAGAGAAGUCUUACAAGGCAACAGUCAUUGAAGGGAAGAGAUAUGACAACAUCCUGAAAGUGGAAGCUGUAGAUGCAGAUUGUUCACCCCAGUUCAGCCAGAUCUGCAGCUAUGAAAUUGUAACUCCAGAUGUUCCCUUUGCAAUCGACAAAGAUGGUUACAUCAAAAAUACAGAAAAAUUAAACUAUGGCAAAGAACACCAAUAUAAGCUUACAGUGACUGCAUAUGACUGUGGGAAGAAAAGAGCUGCUGAGGACGUAUUGGUGAAGAUAAGCAUUAAGCCUACAUGCAAGCCUGGCUGGCAAGGUUGGAGUAAAAGAAUAGAAUAUGAACCUGGCACUGGUUCUCUAGCUCUCUUCCCCAAUAUUCACUUGGAGACCUGUGAUGAGCCCAUAACUUCAAUUCAAGCAACAGUUGAACUGGAGACCAACCACAUUGGAAAAGGCUGUGACAGAGAUACCUAUUCUGAGAAAUCCCUUCACAGACUCUGCGGUGCUUCCUCUGGCACGGCUGAGCUGCUUCCUCCUCCAAGUAGCACUACGAACUGGACAAUAGGACUUCCUACUGACAACGGCCAUGACAGUGACCAGGUCUUUGAAUUCAACGGCACUCAAGCUGUGAAGAUUCCAGAUGGCAUUGUUACAGUCAAUCUAAAAGAGCCGUUCAUGAUCUCAGUAUGGAUGAGGCACAGCCCUGGAACCAAGGAAAAGGAGACAAUACUCUGCAAUUCAGACAAGACAGAUAUGAACCGGCACCACUACUCUCUUUACGUACACAACUGCCGACUUGUUUUCCUCUUCCGCCAAGAUCCUUCAGAGGGAAAGACCUACAAACCUGCGGAAUUCCAUUGGAAGUUAAACCAGGUGUGCGACAAAGAAUGGCAUCACUACGUCCUCAACGUUGAAUUUCCAACAGUGACACUCUAUGUAGAUGGGGUUUCAUAUGACCCUUUCCCAGUGACUGAGGAUUACCCACUUCAUCCUUCCAAGAUAGAAACUCAGCUGGUUGUUGGAGCUUGUUGGCAAGAAAAUACAGGAAAUGAAAAUGACAAUGAAACUGUGCCCGAGACCUCUGCAGGUGGUGAACUCCACAUGGCUCAGUUUUUCCGAGGCAAUCUGGCUGGGUUAAUGAUACGUUCUGGUAAACUUGAGAACAAGAAGGUAAUAGACUGCCUCUAUACUUGCAAGGAAGGACUGGAUUUACAAACUGCAGAUGGCAUUGGCAAAGGCAUGAAGAUCCAUAUGAACCCCAGCCAGUCAACAGUGACAUUGGAAGGGGAUGAUAUUGAGAAGUUUGACAAGGCCAUGCAGCAUAUUUCCUACCUGAAUUCCCGCCAGUUCCCAACACCUGGAAUCCGGAGGCUCAAAAUCACCAGCACAGUCAAGUGUUUCAAUGAAGAGGCCUGUAUCUCCAUCCCUUUUGUGGAGGGGUAUGUAAUGGUCUUGCAGCCUGAGGAACCCAAGAUCAGCUUGAGUGGCAUUAACCACUUUGCCCGCUCUGCCUCAGAGUUUGAGAGUCCUGAGGGUGUUUCCCUCUUCCCUGAACUUCGCAUAAUCAGCACAAUCACUCGGGAAGUGGAGCCAGAAGGAGAUGGAGAUGAAGAUCCUACAGUCCAAGAAUCUUUAGUGUCUGAAGAGAUCAUGCACAACUUGGAUACAUGCGAGGUCACAGUGCUGGGAGAGGAGUUAAAUCAGGAACAAGAAAGCUUGGAGGUUGAUAUGACCCGAUUACAGCAGAAAGGCAUUGAGAUGAGCAGUUCAAACCUUGGCAUGAUCAUCACUGGGGUUGAUACAAUGGCCAGCUAUGAGGAGGUUUUGCAUUUGAUACGCUACCGAAACUGGCACACCGUCUCCCUCUUUGACAGAAAGUUCAAGUUGGUCUGCUCUGAGCUAAAUGGACGCUAUGUCAGCAAUGAAUUCAAAGUGGAGGUGAAUGUUAUCCACACAGCUAACCCAGUUGAACAUGCUAAUCAUAUAGCUGCCCAACCACAGUUUGUCCACCCAGUGCAUCAUACGUUUGUUGAUCUCUCGGGUCACAACCUAGCUAACCCCCACCCGUUUUCAGUUGUCCCAAGUACUGCGACUGUUGUGAUCGUGGUUUGUGUGAGUUUCCUGGUUUUCAUGAUUAUCCUGGGAGUCUUCCGAAUCCGGGCUGCGCAUCAGAGAACGAUGCGUGACCAGGAUACUGGAAAAGAAAACGAGAUGGAUUGGGAUGACUCUGCCUUGACCAUCACUGUGAACCCCAUGGAGACGUAUGAGGACCAGCACAGCAGUGAGGAGGAAGAGGAGGAGGAGGAGGAAGAAAGCGAAGAUGGUGAGGAAGAAGAUGAUAUCACUAGUGCAGAGUCCGAAAGUAGUGAGGAGGAAGAAGGGGAGCAGGAAGAGGACCAACAGAAUGUUAACAGACAGCAACAGCUGGAAUGGGACGACUCUACCCUCAGCUAUUGAUUCCAGCUGUUCCCUUUGUCUUUGUUCCUGCUCAAGAAGACUCCACUGUAAUCCACUCCAUUGUUCCUAAGGAUCCAUGGUGUAAAAAAAAAAGUCAUUUGGCCAGUAGCUCCGACCAGCGCGCCUCCCAGUGUGUGUGUGGUAUUGGCUAGUUCUAAUGCUGUCUCUAGAAUUGUGGUUAGCACCUCUCCUUCCUCCCCCAUGCCUCAGUGACUGGAUUUUUUUACACUAUGUGAGGAACCACCUUGCACUUUUUCUUCAUGUCAUCUCAGCUAAGUGACUCUGCAGAUCUGUAGCCAUUGCACACAAGUCUCUGGACUGUCUCUUUGCCCGGUGAAGCGACUUUGGCUUUGUUCCUCUUCCUCUUUCUGACCGAUGCAAAGAUCACAUGUUGACAAAGGGUAACAUUGCUCAUUUCAGCCUGGUGAAUUUUAUUUUUUCCCAAACUAGUGCAUGUGUAAAGUGGCAGAAUGAGGUUAAUAUGUAGAAGAUUAACAGACUUUUUAAUAUUUUGUAAAUAUCUUGGAAUUAUGUAAUUAUGUCAUUUGUGGUAGUGAAAACAGGGAUUGGGGUUUAAAA